AACUUCCUUUUAGAAAAUUAUUUUCCCAAGUUUCACAUAUAGCCUACGUCUCAAACAAAAUUCCAACUCUCAUAGUCCAAUAUAUUUAUGAAAACCCAAUCUUUCACCCCAUUUUUUGUUCAUUCAUAUCUAUCCAAAACGAAAAAAAGCUCUUGAAUUUCAAUCAGAAAAUACUCCUUUAAUAUGUUGUUUCUUCGACAUGUUUUAGGGUCAAUAUUCAUAGUUUGUUGCCUUACGACGCUUACAAAUGGAGCUACACUUGCCAAUGAUGAAGUGGAAGCUUUGAAAUGGAUUGGUAAAACAUUGGGGAAGACAGGGUGGAACUUUGAUAGUGAUCCAUGCAGCCAACGCCAUAGUUGGGUAGAUCAAUCCACACGUUAUUAUGUUAAUAAUGUUACAUGUGAUUGCUCCUUUAACAAUAACACCAUCUAUCAUGUGGUUCGCAUAGUGCUCAAGGCUCAAAAUCUCUCGGGUACUCUCCCACUAAACUUGAACAAUCUCCCUUUCCUGCAAGAAAUUGACCUAACUCGAAACUAUCUUAAUGGCACCAUUCCACCGGAAUGGGGUUCUUCUACGGGACUUGUCAGCAUUUCUCUUCUUGGAAAUCGAUUAACUGGUCAAAUCCCAGCAGAGUUAGCAAAUCUCAGAAAUCUUACCAGUUUAGUCCUUGAGAAUAAUGGUCUUUCAGGAACAUUGCCUGCAGCACUGGGGAAUCUACCCAAUAUUGAGAGAUUGCAUCUUAGUUCCAACAAUUUCACAGGAAAAAUACCUGAAACAUUUGCUAGGUUGACAUCAUUGAAGGAGUUUCGGAUUAGUGACAACAACUUCACAGGACACAUUCCUGAGUUUAUAUUUCGAAAUUGGGAAAAUCUUGAACAGAUAUAUAUGGAGGCAAGUGGUUUGAUUGGGCCAAUUCCAUCCAUUAAUGCUACUUUACUUAACUUGACAUACAUAAUAAUUAGUGACUUGAAUGGAACUGAUACAUCUUUUUCACAAUUGCUUAUCGAUGCCAAUUUGCCUAAAUUGGAAAGACUGAUGUUGAGGAGCUGCAAUCUCAUUGGAGAGAUACCUUCUUCUUUUGGGACAUUCACAUCCAUAAAGAUAUUAGAUCUCAGUUUCAACAGACUCGGGGGAGAAAUUUCAGAAAAUCUUUCUACUCUUGAUAACUUGAAUUUUUUGUUCUUAAAUGGAAAUAAUUUUACUGGAAGUCCUUCAUGGAUUCUGAAUACAAAGGAAAAAUGUAAGAUUCACGAUCUUUCAUACAACAACUUCACACACACAGGUGUAACAGGCUGUCAACAAAAUAAUAUCAUGAACUUAUUCUCAAGCAUUGCAAGAGUCAAUAACUCAGGAAUUGUUCCAUGUUUGAGAAGCCAAACUACCUGCACAGCAGGAUUUUCGCACUCUGUUCAUAUAAACUGUGGAGGUGAAAUAACAAGAUUUAAUGACACCGAUUAUGAUGCCGAUAACAAUCAAGCCGGGCCUUCGACAUUUCAACAAGGUACUAGGAACUGGGCAUUUAGUACCACCGGAGUUUUCCUAGACGAUGACCAUAUGGACGACAACUUAGCUUUUGACAAUAGGCAAGUUUCUAUCAGUGGUGACGGUGCAGAACUCUACAGAAAUGCAAGGCUUGCACCUACUUCUUUGACAUACUAUCUUUUUUGUCUCGCCAAUUCAACUUAUACAGUAAACCUCCAUUUUGCUGAGAUUCAGUUCACUAAUGAUCAAACUUAUAGCAGCUUGGGAAGACGCAUAUUUGAUGUUUACAUUCGGGGAAAGCAGGUGCUGAAGGAUUUCAAUAUUAAAGAAGCAGCAGGAGGGGCAGGCAUACCGAUAGUAAAAUAUUUUACUGUAAAUGUAACCGAUGGCACUUUGGAGAUCGGUUUCCGAUGGGCUGGCAAAGGGACGACUUCUAUGCCUCAGGGAAUCGUUUACGGUCCUCUUAUCUCAGCAAUAUCUGUUUUAGAUCCUAAAAUAGAUGAUAAACUUUCAUCAGCAAGUACCGGUGGUUUUGCGACAGCUGCAGUGGUCGGUAUUGUCGGCGGCACAGUGUUUGCUGCUUCAGUGAUUUUAGGCGUCCUUUGGUGGAAUGGUUGUUUAAGAGAACAGAGUACAUUGGAACGAGAUCUAAAAGGUAUAGAGUUGCAGACAACUUCCUUUACCUUAAUGCAAAUUAAAGCUGCUACAAACGAUUUUCAUGCUUCCAAUAAGAUCGGAGAAGGUGGUUUUGGUCCCGUUUACAAGGGCACUCUAGCCGAUGGCACUAUGAUCGCUGUUAAGCAGCUAUCAGCUCGAUCGAAGCAAGGAAACCGUGAGUUUGUGACUGAGAUUGGCUUGAUUUCAGCUCUACAACACCCUCAUCUUGUAAAGUUGUAUGGAUGUUGCAUUGAAGGAAAUCAACUGAUGCUUAUAUACGAGUACCUGGAAAACAACAGCCUUGCUCGUGCAUUAUUUGGGCCACAAGAAUCUCAAGAAUCUCAGUUGACAUUAGAUUGGCCAACAAGAAUGAAGAUCUGCAUAGGUAUAGCAAGAGGAUUAGCUUACCUCCAUGAAGAAUCAAGGUUGAAGAUUGUGCAUAGAGACAUAAAGGCCACUAAUGUGUUGCUUGAUAAGAAUUUAAACCCUAAAAUAUCCGAUUUCGGUUUGGCCAAGCUUGAUGAAGAAGAUAAUACCCAUAUUAGUACCCGAGUCGCUGGAACUUAUGGCUAUAUGGCUCCUGAAUAUGCAUUGCAUGGCCGUUUGACAGAGAAAGCAGAUGUAUAUAGUUUUGGGAUAGUGGCUCUCGAAAUUGUUAGUGGGAGGCGCAACACUAGAAGCCGCCCAAAGCAAGAACCUUUCAUUCUCCUUGAAUGGGCUCAUGUUUUGAAGGAGAAUAGGAACUUGUUGGAAUUAGUUGAUACAAGGAUUGGCUCAGAUUGCAACACAGAUGAAGUGAUGGCAAUGAUCAACAUUGCACUAUUGUGCACAAAUCCCACUGCUUUAGCUAGGCCUUUAAUGUCUUCGGUGGUGAGCAUGCUUGAAGGCAAGGCUGAAGUUCAGGAAUACCUCACAGAUACAAGCAUUUCUUCAAAUCGUCAAAUGAGUGCUGAGACUAUGAGAAAGUUGUAUCGGAAACUUGAUGAAGAUGAUACAGAUAUUAGCCAAACAAAGAGUAUGUUAGCUGAUGGGCCAUGGACCAAUUCUUCUACAUUUGCUGCUGAUCUUUAUCGAGUUAAUUUGACUUCUGGAUAAUAGAAAAAUACAGAUUCAACAAAGUAGAGAAAAAAUAUAUAAUUUUCUUGUUUGAUUUUUCCCCAGAAAAUUCGUAUUCCUUUGAAACCAAGGCUUAAAUUGAUACAUUAAAAUAAAAAAAAAAGAAAAAAAAAUUGACAUUCAAUGAA